CUGGAGCAGAGACAGUUUUAACUUAGCCAUUCCUAAUUUAUCUCAAGCGUUUUCAAUUCAUCUUCACUGCUCUGUGCACACAGGAACACCAGAUUGCAAUCCCUGGGGAACAGAACGCAACCGGGGAUCUAGAGAGCUGUCACAUUCCAAGAAAUAUUUAAAUUGUGCUGGUUUUCUUCUGGAGAGCUGAGCCCAGGGAAUGAAACUCUCCAACCAGUCGUAGCUUUGCGGGCAAUAGAUCAGAGGAUAUUGCCAGGCUCCUAAUGGAUUAUUGUUAUCGGGCAGGUUUUCUCUGAAGAGUCCUGAUGUCUCCCAGAUCCUAGGCUAAUAUCCAAAGAGGUUUCCUGAGACCUAAGGGGAGAGAUUUGAAGAAGAAAUCUCAUUUAGGGGGAUUGGAGAUCAGCCAGAUCAAUUGUGUGCACAAAGACCUUUUGGAUCUGUCUUUUAAAUCAGGAAUUCCCUCCACAGAAUGCUACAGCAAGGUUGAAGCAUCAUUCCAUCUGGGUGACAAUUGCUUUAUACAGGGCAGAUUAUGUCAUCUUCUUUCUUAAGGAGAGGAUGCUUACAUUUUAUCAAAUGAAAUAUAUUUUUCAAAUACUGGAUAAAAUGAGAUGCUUGCGAAAACGUUCUACAGUGUCAUUCUUGGGAGUUCUUGUUGUUUUUCUACUAUUCAUGAACUUGUACAUUGAAGAUAGCUAUGUUCUGGAAGGCGACAAGCAACUUAUAAGGGAAACAUCGACACAUCAACUUAAUUCUGAACGCUAUGUUCACACUUUCAAGGAUUUAUCAAACUUCUCAGGAACUAUAAAUGUCACCUAUCGCUACCUGGCUGCCACACCUUUACAGAGAAAACGAUAUCUCACAAUUGGACUUUCAUCAGUGAAACGGAAAAAAGGAAAUUAUUUACUUGAAACAAUCAAGUCAAUUUUUGAACAGUCCAGCUAUGAAGAACUAAAGGAAAUUUCAGUUGUAGUACAUCUAGCAGACUUCAAUUCAUCAUGGCGUGAUGCCAUGGUUCAAGAUAUUACACAGAAAUUUGCCCAUCAUAUUAUUGCAGGAAGAUUAAUGGUUAUCCAUGCUCCUGAAGAAUAUUAUCCUGUUCUGGAUGGUCUUAAAAGAAAUUACAAUGACCCAGAAGACAGAGUCAGAUUUCGUUCCAAGCAAAAUGUAGAUUAUGCUUUUCUGCUAAAUUUCUGUGCCAAUACUUCUGACUAUUAUGUGAUGCUUGAAGAUGAUGUCCGGUGUUCCAGAAAUUUCUUAACUGCCAUCAAGAAAGUCAUCGCAUCUUUGGAAGGAACAUACUGGGUAACUCUUGAGUUCUCUAAACUUGGCUACAUUGGUAAACUCUAUCAUUCUCAUGAUCUCCCACGUCUGGCCCAUUUCUUAUUAAUGUUUUAUCAAGAAAUGCCCUGUGAUUGGCUAUUGACUCAUUUCCGAGGGCUACUGGCUCAGAAAAAUGUGAUUCGAUUUAAACCUUCUCUCUUUCAGCACAUGGGGUAUUAUUCAUCCUAUAAAGGAACGGAGAAUAAACUGAAGGAUGAUGACUUUGAAGAGGAGUCAUUUGACAUCCCUGAUAACCCCCCAGCAAGUCUCUACACCAAUAUGAAUGUCUUUGAAAACUAUGAAGCAAGCAAGGCUUACAGUAGUGUUGAUGAGUACUUUUGGGGAAAGCCACCUUCAAUAGGAGAUACAUUCGUUAUUAUAUUUGAAAAUCCAAUUACAAUUAAAAAAAUUAAAGUGAAUACUGGAACAGAAGACCGGCAGAAUGACAUUUUACAUCACGGAGCCCUAGAUGUUGGAGAAAAACUUAUUUUUAGCAAACAAAUAAGACAAUGUGAUACUUAUUUAAGACUAGGAGAAUUCAAAAAUGGAUACUUUGAAAUGUCAGAUGUGAAUCAAAAAAUUCCUUUUGACAUACAUUGCAUGAGGAUAUGUGUCACCAAAACACAGAAAGAAUGGCUGAUAAUUAGGAGCAUCAGUAUUUGGACUUCCUAGUCAAGUAAAUCAGUAUAUUGAGUUUCUGAAGCAGGUCUUCCUGUUUCAAUUUUGUUACCUUCCUCUUUUACAACUUUAGUCUUUUGGAGGGUCACCAAUUGAUGUUCCAAGUCACAAGAAAAAUAAAAUUAUCUAAGCAGU